CGUCACAGCGCGUCUCCAUGAUAACCAGCCGCGCUGGUUGUGCAUGCUGCCUCGCAUUCGAUCAUCGUGAAUUUUUUCUACUAUGGCCGCGGCCCCGAAACGUUCCGCGAGCAGCACGGGCGCUGCUGGCGCGGGCUCCCUGCGCGAAAGGCUCGCAGCAGUGCUCCCCCAAGGCCACAAAUUCGACAUUCACCACAUAUCGACUCCCCCCACACGUGCAGAGCCGCUCUGCGCGGCCCCGCCCGGCCAACGACCAGAAAAGACGUACAAGGAGAGCCACUUCCUUGCCGUAUCAAUAUGUUCUCGGGACAUUGCAGUCGCGUCCUCUAAGCGGCCCUCUCCAGACGCGAACCGAGGCAAGGAGCAGACAGAAACCAGGAAGCAGGCAUUGGUCUUCGCUCUCGAGGUCUUCAUCUUCACCACCGCAUAUCAGACCAUUCUCUUCGUGUCCAAGGCCGACUCGACUGGCUAUCUCCAUCUCCUCGACCUUCCUGAAGGCGCUCCUUCUCCGAUCCGCCAAGUAUGUGCCACGUUUCUCGCAUACCUCCUCGACCACCGGCGGCGCAGCCACGUACAGUCUGUCGUCAACCUGUUCGCUCGAGCGCAGGCGCAGUAUCUCUUUCCCGGGAGCGUCCGAAACAAAGGAAAGCAUGUCUUGGAUGACCGGGGUCUCGUCCGUUGGUGGUGCAAGGUCCUAAACCCGCUCAUGGAGGGUUUGAGCAAUGGGCCUUGGACCAGCACCAGGGGCUAUUUGCUUGUUCCUGGACUGGAGCACUUGGAAACACGAGCCUUCAUCCCGCGAACCACGGCGAGCUCAAGUAACUGGGUGAUUGGUCACCCCCUGGAACAGAUUUCACACUACAGUCGCGAGCUUGAUCGCGUUCCACCACGGUGUCUCAUCCCUGGCUAUCCGGACGAUCCCAAAUCCCGAUUCCGCGACGAGCUGGACGAGGAGGUAUCCAAACAGAAAAAGGAGAUUGGCGAGUGGAGAAGCGUCAAGUCCUUGGACCAGUUCUGGGAGAUGAUGUCGUUCCGUCAGGAAUGCUCCAGCGGGAGAUUGACCGGGUUCAUUUGGUUGGUCUUCGAUCCAAUCCAACCGUCGUCGCCGCUGCCGAACUCUCAUAAGACUACCCCUACAACGGCUGACCUCACAACCACUAAUAACGGCUCUUCUGAUUCUUCGCCAUCACACGCGGUGUCCACAACACCGCCGCGGCAGGAAGUCGAGGUGUCCUCCAACACGCCGCAACCGAGUUCACUCAGGGCGCCAGCGCCUCCAACUGCGCCCGAUUCGCGAUCGUCCAAGGCGGUGAAGAGAAAGACUAAAAGACGGCUUUCUGGCCCAGUUGUUCCGCGCGCACCCAAGGUAAAGACACAAGUGCGCAGUUCCCUCGCCUCCCGUCCGACGAGAACCGCCUAUUAUUACUGGCCACCUGAAGCCCGCGGGGAUAAGCUGGUGAGAGAGGCAGAGUACAAACGCAUCGUCGAGCUGCUUCUUCACUUAGAUUUUUCAACGCUCGACAAAGCUGUCGGAAGCACUCGGCGAUGGCUUAACGAGGUUGGCAUCGGAGAUGGUGCGGAAGGGGACAUUGUAGGUAAAGCGAGCAUCGCAACUCCGCCACAAGUCAGGGGAGCCGCUUUCGAUACCGUCAGCGGCACCGUGACCAACCUGACUGGGUUGGUCAGAAGGAAGAACGUGUCAACAUCUGUGGAAGCAGAUGCUGGCCGAUCAUCGGCCCCCACCACAGGAGAACCGACCGGGCCUGCGUUCGAGCCCGCUCCAAAGGUGAAUGUUCUUGGCUCCAGCCUAGUGCGGAAAAGGAAAAAGGGGACAGGGGACCACUGAGUCUGGUGCCACUUUCUGGUCGAUCAAUCUGCCAUGUUUCCUGGAAGACGCUCAGGCGGCUUGGGCGGCGAUCCUGCCGGGAGCUGAAUAACUGUUACGGUCCCCUCUUGUCCGGUGGGUGGUGUAACUCUGCUGCGGCGCUUAUUUGACGAUCAUUCUGGGUGUUAACCCUCCGUGGAGCCAUAUACCACGC